CUGCCUACAGUCUAGAGGCGGAGCCACUUGCCCCUCGUCCUUCAAACCGGCGACGCUUGGAAAUUCAGACGUUAGUCCACCGGCCGUCGCCUCAAUCGGUCGCUGAAGAACCUGCACAGCUCUCCCCACCUCCCAACAAAUUGAUUGAGAUAUUAGGGUUUCAUCAUUAUGGACACCCCUGAAAAACCAACACAGGAAACUGCUUCAAAAGAAACUAGAAAGAUGGCUGGAACAGUCAACUGGGGUACGGCAACUGUCAUUGGAAUAUUUGCUGGCAUGUUAUAUGGGGGUAGCAAGGAGGCAUCUGCUUCUUCUAGUAAAGAUGCUGAAGUAAUGUUGAAGAUGGGAAGCACACCAGAUAAACGUGAACAGUAUCGACUGAUGCGAGAUGCUAUGGAGAAAAGAUUUAUCCGAGUUACUCGGGGCUCUAUAGUUGGUGGAGUUCGCCUUGGGAUGUUUACUGCUGCUUUUUGCAGCUUACAAAAUCUACUUACUGAAAAACGAGGGGUGCAUGAUGUUUAUAACGUUGUGGGAGCUGGUUCUGCUACUGCUGCAACCUUUGGUCUAAUUAUGCCAGGAUCACUCCUUUGGCGUGUAAGGAACGUGAUGCUGGGAUCAGCUUUGGGUGCAGCAGUUUGUUUCCCUCUUGGUUGGCUUCAUUUGAAGCUUGUAGAAAAAGCAAAUGAAGAGAAACUGGCUACUACUUAUGAUAAGAGUGAUCCUACAGGAGGAAAGACCGGUGUUGGUGCUGCAAUUCAGAGGCUUGAGGGGCAGUUAAGUAAAUAAACCACUUGGUUUGCUCAGUCUUUAGUCAAUAGACUUUUGGGCAAAGCAGCACUGUUUUAACAGUUGGGAACAAAAUCCAGUUCCGCCAGAAUGCUUGCGAAAGCUGCCAGAGAUGGAGAGGACUCGCGACAGCUCUAAGUUCUCAGCAAUGAAAUCCUUUUUGUUUUCAGCUCCUUUGGUCACGAGGAGCAGAAUAGGCUUUUUUGCUUUCACUAAUCUCUCUUUUUGCUGGGGAAUAAUUUUUUCCCCUUUGGAAAUCCUGCCUUUCUUAGAAUUAUACAUGUAUAUUUGCAUGACUCGUGGUGGUCGACAUGACGUAGAAAUGAUGUAAAAUCACCAUCAACUAUAAUAAGAAAUAACUUUUGUCUCA